AAACGGAUACACCCGCGGCCACCAUUUUGGCUCCACGCGAGCCGUCAGCCCGAGCUCUCGUCGGCCCCGAGCGUCUCCCCCGCGUGAAGGUGACCGGUACCCCGGGGUUCCAAACACGUUCCAAUGGCUUCGCUGCGCGCAGCGACGAGGAUGUUCUGUGCGGCGGCAGAAGCCGCGGCGGCGCCGGCCCCAACCAGCCGCUGGGGAAGGCUGCAAAAGAGCAGGGCAGGCGUGUGGUGUCGCAGCCUGGUCUCAGAUUAUAAAGAGGCCUGCAAGGAGAUAGUGGUUGGUGCCUGGGAGCGACCGGUCAAAGCCACAGUGUACGCGACCCUACUUGGUGGAGCCUGGGCCUGUUUCCACACCAGUCCAGACCACGCAUCCUUUGACGCAGCCCUGCUGGAGCGCUCCAACCAGCUGGGCCUGUUGUCCCCGUGGAUCCGCAACGGGACCUCUGACGGCCACGUGCAGAAUCUAGUGAAGCUCCGCAAUGACGGCCGACUCCGCCACCUGAACCUGGGUUUUCUCUCGCUGGUUUACCGCUCCAACUACGACCUCGACUCCACGCUGUACGAAGCCCAGUGCUCCAAUCUGUCAAUGCCGUGGGCCGAGUUCCCCCGGCGCGUGCUGGAUGUGGGCUUCGCCGGCCGCUGGUGGAUCCUCGACUCAAAGAUGCAGGACUAUGACGUGAACGAGGAGGAGUACAAGCACCUGCCGGCUCACAUGCAGGUAACAUCAGUGCCCAGUGUUCAGGAGGUGGACACGAACGAGAGGCUGCACAAAGAGUCCUGGUUAGCACUGACAAUGGAGGACGAGGAAAAAGAAGCGCACGUAGUGGACAGAAAGGAGGAGAGUGUCAGUGAGGAGAGCCAAACGGAGCCGCUGAGCCAGGAACAGACUCAAUCUCAAACUGCUUGAUAAAAGAAAGAACCAGGGUGUUUGUUCCCUUUCAUCAUUGGUGCUGGAUUCAGAAAACCAUUUCACAUUUUCAGCGACGAACUAUCCAUAACGGUUUGCUGCCACGUAAAGAGGAAUCAUUCACAUCGUUGUCUCAUCAAAGUAAAAGCAGCCCAUCAGAAUCCUCAGUUGUGUUCUAUUUAUUCUAACAUGUUUUAUCUCACAGAAAAUAAAUUACAUUUAUACCAUA